CAACAAUCUAUAGAAAUAGAAUUAACUAAUCUUAAAACUUCUUCUUUAGGUAGUAUAAAUGAUUCAAGUUUUUCAAAAAUAAAUGAGUCUCCAAAGAAUGUUGAAGUAAAUGAACUAGCAAAAGAUGUUGAAAAUAAAUCUGCGAAGGAUAUUGAAAAUAAACCUGCAAAAGAUGUUGAAAAUGAAUCUUCAGAUGAAGAAUCAGAUAGUAAAUCUGUAAAUAUUGAGGAUAAUUUUGAUAGUUAUUUACAAAAAUGGAUGGACAUGUCAGAAGAUGAAAAGCAGUACUUUGAAAAUGAGGAUAUUGAUGAUGAGUAUAUGGAUGAAGAGAAACAUUCUAUCAAUGAUAAUACACAUCCCACAGUUGAUAUUAAUACAAU